AUGGACAAUCAAGGAAUGACCGCCUUUUCCGGUGACGAACCGCAAGAACCGUCAACGAGUCAACGACACAGUGAAAGUGUCGAAGACGAGCCGACCUCCGAGAAUUUGCGACGAAUACUUCAACAAGUGCAGUCAACAAUGAAAGAAAGAAGCGAUGAUCUAAAAUCGGAGAUUGUCUCCUCGACAUCGGGCGUUGUUUCACCAAGCGAAGAAGAGUUACAAGCGGGUCAAAUUCUUGGUCCAUUCAACGUGAGACCCGUCGAUCGAUCACCAAAUACAUCUAGCUCAAAUGUGAUCACGGUAGAGAACGGUGGUGUGACUCAAACUUUGGAGAUUCUCUCCGAUGAACCAAUCCUUCAGCGCUUAAAAACAACAACAACCCUUGGAGAAGCUAAUGCUUUAUUCUAUGUUCAUGAAGAUGGUUUAUGGUUGAUGACGGUGAGAGUUGUGUCACGAGAUGAGCCACUCAUUGGCCUUUUCAUUCAAGCACCCAAAGAGAAAGAAGCUGAUGAAAAUAUGAAAAGAUUCCCAUGCGAGGGUUGUGAUGCAUCAUUCAAAUCACCGACAAAUCUCGCCGCUCAUCGACAACUCUAUUGUAAAGCGAGAGCACAAAAUGGAGUACAUCGCGAACAAAAUGGAAAUGUUGUUCCACCGCGUAUUCUCCAAUCGAUGGGUCUUCCCGUUCCUCCACUCAAUUCAUCGAUCUCUUUACCCACCGCCGGUUCAGCUCCAUCAUUGCCUCGAUUUCCCACUCAAAAUCUCCUUUUUCUGCCGGUUGCCUAUCACGAUCUGCCACAAAAUGGAAUUGUACAGGUAUUAGGCCCGGCUCAAACUUUUGUCCCGAUUGCUGUUGGUCGAUCACAAUCUCUUUCUUCAUCACUUCAACAACUCGGCGCUCCGUAUCUCCUCGUGAAUUCACAUCCAAACAUCCCAUCAACGGUCAAAUUUUCGGCUGGUGAACUCAAUUUGCAAAUCCCGCUCAUCGUCAAUGAGCAACAAGAAGGUCAAACAAAUGCGGGUACAAAGAGGAGAGCAGUCCCAGUUCCAUCAACAACAAUGACUCAAGGUGUUGUUGAUCUAUCAGCAAAAAGAAUGCGAUCAACAAUCUUACAUCAAUCAACAACAACUCCACCAACCACAUCAACUUCUUCCACAUCAUCACUUCCCAUUCCGCUACCAAUCAUUAUACCAAAACAAAUUGAUUCAAAUGGAGAGAAACGUUUUGUGUGUGGUUGUGGGGUUUCAUUCUCAGCUCAACUCACUCUUCGCGCACAUCAAGAACAUUACUGUAAAUUGGCCUCUCGAUCAACAAUUGAUCCAAUAUUUGGCUUAUCAAGAGAAUCACCAAGAAAGGUGCCAUCUCGUUGUUCUCAAUGUGAUUUCCAUCCACAAUCUGCUUCUCAAUUAUCUGUUCACAUGAGACAAGUUCAUGCUGAAGUACAAGCAUAUGUUUGCCAAGAAUGUGGAUAUCGGGGUUUCUCACAAAGAGGCAUACGUUCUCACCUCCGCACUCAUCCCAAUCUCGACAAUAUCAAAUUUGAGACAUUAAUGAAUACACACGUGAUUAAGGUUUGUCACAAUGGUCGAACAGUGUCGACAUCAAGUGAAAUUUCUGAAAGAAAUGGCCGAAGUCCCGAAGAAAUUGAUGCCAAUAUAAAAAUUGAAGAUAGUGAA